AAGAUGUGGCUGCUCUUGAUUCUUGCUGGCUGUGUCUUGCUUGCUUCUCUGACCUAUUUCAAAAUAUUCAAAGGCAGUCCCUUCUCCAAGGAUUCGGUGAGGGAACCUAAACCCCUGGUACUGGACCAGAAAGCCAGAGACAAAGUUCUGAAACAUGGGUUUGCCACUGAUUGUAUCCCAGUGAAUCUGGACGCUAUUGUGAUUGGAAGUGGGAUUGGAGGGCUGACGGCUGCAGCGGUUCUAUCCAAAGCUGGUAGACGGGUUUUGGUGUUGGAGCAACAUGACCAGGCAGGAGGCUGCUGCCACACCUUUAUGGACAAGGGCUUUGAGUUUGACGUUGGGCUCCAUUACCUUGGUCAGCUGCAUGAGAAUGGGAUGCUGCGUGUGAUCCUGGAUCAGAUCUCAGAAGGGCAGCUGGACUUUGUGCCUCUGGAGCAGCCCUACGACACCAUCAUCAUCGGAGAGGAGGCGGACACCCGCCGCUAUCACAUGCACAGCGGGAAGACCGAGUUUGCAGAAGCUCUCCAGAGGCAGUUCCCCCAGGAGACCCAGGCCAUUGACAAGUUCAUGAAGCUGAUGAAGCACGUGGCUCAAAAGGUCCAUAUUUAUGCCAUGCUGAAGAUCAUCCCGCUGUGGAUAGCCAUGUUCCUGAUCAAAACGGGCCUCAUUUACUGGAUCUCCUCGAUCUUCAAGCUGGCGAUCACCAGCCACACCGCUGUCCUCAACCAGCUCACACAAAACAAGGACCUCCACACUGUCUUCUCUUAUUUGUUCUAUGGCGUCGCCCCAAAAGACUGUAGUUUUGUUAUAAAUGCCUUGCUGUUGCAUCACUACAAGCUGGGGGCAUGGUACCCCAGGGGUGGGGCCAGUGAGAUUGCCUUCAACAUCAUCCCGGUCAUCCAGAAGGCAGGUGGUGCUGUUCUGGUCAGGGCUCCUGUCCAACGUAUACUAGUGAACAAAGAUGGGUCGGCUUGUGGCGUGGCAGUGAAGAAAGGUCAGGAGGAGGUCAAUGUUUUUGCCCCUGUGGUAAUUUCCAAUGCAGGGAUAUUCAACACCUUUGAAAAGUUCCUACCACCUGAGCUACAGGCAAAACCUGAGAUUCAGUCCCAGCUCAGCAUGGUUAAAAGCUCAAUGGGUUCAUUUCUGGUGUUUGUGGGUCUGGAUGGAACAAAAGAAGAACUGGGGAUUAAAUCAACCAACUUCUGGAUGUAUAAGCACAACAACCUGGAUGAAAUGAUGGACCGCUAUUCUUCUCUGAGCAAAGAAGAGGUGGCUGAGAACAUUCCCAUGAUGUUCAUCACAUUCCCAUCAGCCAAGGACCCCACUUUCAACACGAGACACCCAGGGAAGUCGUGCAUGACACUGCUGACGAUGGCUCGGUACGAGUGGUUUGAGGAGUGGCAAGACAGACAGGUGAAGAAGAGGGGCGAGGAAUACGAGAGCUACAAGACAUCCAUCGCUAAUGUGCUGAUCGGCUGGGCAACAGAAAUCUUCCCCCAGCUAAAGGACAAGAUUGAGUUUGUGGAGGCAGCCACCCCCCUCUCCAAUCAGUACUACCUGGGAGCUCCACGGGGGGAGAUGUACGGGGCGGAACACGACCUGGAACGCUUCAGCUCUGACGUCAUGGCAAAAAUGAGGUCACAAACACCCAUCAAGAACCUUUACCUCACAGGGCAGGACGUGUUUUGCAAUGGUGUAGCAGGAGCUUUGCACGGAGGUCUUCUCUGUGCCUCGGCAGUCCUCAAUUGCAACCUCUACAUCUACCUCUUCCUGCUCAAGAAACAACUCAAGAGGGAAAGAGCCAAGAAGCAAGCCUGA